AUGGACGUCGCUAUCCCAUUUGGUUUGCCACGGGGAGUCUCGUUUAUUAUCUUUUGGGUACUAUAUACAUCGCUUGCACGGGCCGACCGCUUCACCAACCCACCAUAUGACUCGCGAGAUCUGCAAGAACACUAUGCCAUCGGGCAAAAGAUCCAGGUCACCUGGGUAGCGGCUGGACUCCGGAAAAUCACGCUCGAAGUUCGGCAGUGGACGCAGAAGAGGGAUGGUGAUGUUAUUGGCAUUCUAGCUCAAGACGCACAGAACCAACAGACGCUCCAGUGGGUCAUCGGAGAGGGUGACAAUAUCGACAGCAAAGCCAUUGCCAACAACCCACGCUUCGUGCUGGUUAUUACUGAUCCGCCCCCCGGUAACCAUGCCGAUAUCAUGAUCGAAAAGUACGGUUACGAGAAUGGCUCGCUUUGGAGCCGGGCGUUUAUCUUGGAGGACGUAGCCCAAACAUCCCUGAUGACAUCGGCGACGUCAACAGAGACAUUUUCGACGUUGACGCAACCGACGAUAUCCAGUACAGUCUUCCCGACGUCUGAUCCCUCUACCCCAGUCAACAACGGCGAUCUGCCUCAGACAGCGAAGGUCGGCAUCGGCGUUGGAGUUGGGCUUGGGUCCCUGCUGCUGAUAACUUUGUCUGUUCUUCUGACAAGAUUUGUCUUGAAGCGGCGGGGCAGAGACAGCAAGGCGGAUUUCGCCAGCGUUCCGAAUGAGGAAAUGGUUCAUGAUGUUGGCAAACCACCGCUUUACUCAAGCCCUUUCGUUGUGCACAGCGUUAAUGGGCAUAGCAACGCGGCUGAGUUGGCUACUCAGCCUACGUCGGUGGAGGCGGGAACUGAAAUCGGGUAUCUUGAAGGGUGACGGCCGAAUCAAUGGUCGCGGUGUUGGGUUUUGGUGACAUGUAACACAUAGGGGUUGGAAGGCUGUAGCUAGGUAUACACCCAAAUAAUACACA